GGCUCGCCCAUCAGACCCGUCCGACCGGUUUCAUCCCCACACCACGAACUUCCUGUACCGCGCACGUUCCCAACUCACCCCACCAUGCCACCACCUCACCCGCAUGCUCACCAGCCGCCGGAGCCGCCGCCCCCUCUCGCGCGCUCGCCGGACGCCGGAGCCGCCGCCUCCUCCUGCGCUCUCGUCGGACGCCGGAGCCGCCGCCUCCUCCCGCGCGCUCGCCGGAGGCCUGAGCCGCCACCUCCUCCCACGCGCCCGCCGGACGCCGGAGCCGCCGCCUUGCCCGCGCGGUCGCCGGCUACCGGGCGCUCCAAUCCCACCGCCGGUUCCUGCCGCCGUUGCCAGGUCCCCAGCCGCCAGAUCCCGCUGCCGCAGCCGGGUCCCAACUACCGGUUCCAGCCGCCACUGAUGGGGGAAGGGCCGCUGAUGCAGGACACCUCCCGAUGCUUUGUCGUCGUGCCAUGGAUGACCACGAAAGCUGCCACUCGGGAUCCCCCGCACUCAGGGCAACGCUCCAACCAGCAAAAAUGGGUCACCGCCCAUCAUCUGCGCACCAUCCAACACAGAUCGACGCCAGAAAACAUUGAGAUCUCCCUCCUCCCUAAGGCUCUCUACCAUCCUGUAGGUCUGUCCCAUUCGUUUGGUCACCACGGUGCUCCAUUUGAGCCGCCAUAGCAUCACAAAAGCUCUUCAAAAAUGGACCUGAUGGUGGCCAUGUGAGCAGCCACAGAAAACAUUCUCUACCAGAUAUCUAAAUUCUUCAAACAUAGCACUGUA